UGCUUUACAGCUCAGUCAAAAACAACUGUGACGACGAACUACACUUCCCAUCAUGCCGCGCGCGAAAACAAGGCGGAUACGCAACUGUCUUGGAAGUUUUUUUUUUCGACUCAAGAGUUGUGGCAACGGCUUGUGUCUGGUUCGAAGCGGACUUCUACACUGUUCGACAAAGAGCAACGAAGAGGAUUCCCCUGAGAACAAUUCAAUGAUCUGUUGAGUGUCAACCCAAGGAGUUGGUGGGUGAGCAGCGCAAGUCAUGUACCAGGUUGUACCAGGGGGAGCGGGAGGCACAAUUACAGAUGUUAUCCCCAAGCAAAAACACAGCAAGGACACCAGACCCAUAGUGGGAGCAGGAGUUCUUGGUCUGGUACUGGUGAUAGCUGCAGUGACUGCGUGGUCUUAUUACAUUGCCUCUCUCCGAAAAGCUGAGUUACUGAAGACUCAGCUGCUGGAUCUAAAUAAAGAUGGCUACAUUAUUCGCAACCAGGGAGGCGCUAUUGUUUUCAGAAUGGAUUUCAGAUCAGGGACAUUGGAUUUGGACUCUUGCACUAAAGAAGGAGAGCUUCUUAGCUGUGGACGCACCACUGACAGAAGCCUCAACUUCUUCAUUGAGACAGUGCGGCCCAAAGACACAGUGCAGUGCUAUCGUGUACGCUGGGAGGAACUGGUUCCAGAUAUUUCUGUCGAGCACGCCAUGACAUACAAGUUUGCCCAUUGGUAUGGUGGCGCGGUGUCAGCUAUUCAACACUGGCCUAUUUCGAUCUCAGGACAACAGUCUCCCAAACCUUUUGUUACUAGCGACAUCUACUCAAACCGCAAUGAAUUUGGGGGAAUCUUGGAAAGCUAUUGGCUUUCCUCCAAUGCCACGGCUAUUAAAAUUAAUAAUUCUGUACCGUUCCACCUCGGCUGGAACGACACAGAGAAGACCAUGUACUUCCAAGCUCGUUACAAUGACAGUCCGUUUAAGCCAAACCCAUGGGAGGCUCCUUGCGCUGAACUUAGCUACAGAGUAUGCGUGGGUUUGGAUGUUACAUCCAUACACAAGUACAUGGUCCGUAGGUACUUCAACAAACCAAAUAAAGUACCUGCUAAAGCCAUGUUUCAGCAUCCUAUUUGGUCCACAUGGGCACUUCAUAGGACUGACAUUGAUCAGGAAAAGCUUUUGACAUAUGCUGCCAACAUUCGCAAGCAUAAUUUUAACUGUAGCCACUUGGAACUCGAUGACCGUUACACGCCUCGCUAUGGAGAAUUCGACUUUGACCCAGUCAAGUUCCCGAAUGCCUCUUCCAUGUUUCAAAAGCUCAAAUCAGAUGGAUUUCUUGUGUCCCUCUGGAUUCACCCUUUUGUCAACUACGACUCUGCGAACUUCCAUACUUGCGUGGAGAGGGGGCUGUUUGUUCGAGAGCCUACAGGUCAUCUGCCGGCGUUGGUGCGCUGGUGGAACGGCAUAGGCGGUAUUGUGGACUUCACAAACCCCGAAGCUCGUGACUGGUUUGCUUUUCAGCUUCGGUCCCUCCGCUUCAAAUAUGGAGUGUCCUCUUUCAAAUUCGACGCUGGCGAGACCAACUACUUACCAUGGAAAUUCAGCACCAGAACUCCCAUCCGGGAUCCAAGUUUUUUCACGAGACGCUACACAGAGAUGGCUAUUCCGUAUAAUGACAGAGCAGAGCUGCGUAGCGGCUACCAAUCUCAGAACAUAUCAUGCUUUUUCAGACCUAUUGACAGGGACUCUGUGUGGGGCUAUGAGUUGGGGCUCAAAUCUCUUAUUCCCACAGUACUCACCAUCAGCAUUCUGGGUUAUCAGUUCAUUCUACCAGACAUGAUCGGAGGGAAUGCUUAUCUGAACCGCACAGAUGGAAAUCGGGCAUUACCUGAUCGAGAACUCUACAUUCGCUGGCUGGAAUUAUCCGCUUUCAUGCCUUCCAUGCAGUUUUCUAUCCCACCGUGGGAAUAUGACAACGAGGUGGUUGAAAUCGCUCGCAAAUAUACAGCUCUCCAUCAGAGUAUUGUCGCGCCACGGGUUCUGGAGCUGGCCGGUGAGGUGCUGGACACCGGAGACCCGAUCAUACGACCUUUGUGGUGGAUCGCCACGGGUGAUGAGACAGCAUAUAAAAUUGACUCCCAGUUCCUGAUUGGAGAUGAUCUUAUGGUAGCCCCAGUUUUAGAACCUGGGAAGCAAGAACGUGAUAUUUACCUUCCUGCUGGUCGCUGGAAGAGCUAUAAAGGGGAGAGGUUUGAUAUCAAAGAGCCAUUGCACCUCACAGACUAUCCCGUCGACCUGGAUGAAAUUGCUUACUUUGUUUGGGUGUAGACAGAACGCUUGCUCUGUAAAUUCUGAGCUUUUUUUUUUUUUGGCAAAGGAAGUCUUCAGUCUUGUGGCAAUUCAGCUCUCACUUCAAGUGUUAAAUUGUUUUUCAGAAAGGCUCUCGAUCUCACUCAUUAAUCCUAAAUUGAAUUAAUUCAUGUAUAUCUUGCACGAUGAGAUAGCAAGGUAGUUUUACGUGUAAGUCAGUGCAUGCAAUUAUCUGUUCAAAGGGAACGCACUUACUGUGAAUCAAAUAAGGCAUAAUGCUGCAACGAUGCAUUGAAGGAUGACAGAAAGACCUCGUUUUUUUUUUACCCCGUACGUGAAAAUUAUUUGUCGACUAUGUGCAGAAAGUUUUGAAGAAGUUGCAUCAGGUGCAUCAGUCAGCAUUUUUGGCUUCCUCAGAUAACCUUUUUAUUCAGUUUUAGUGACUCAUCACAAUUAACUGUUCUUUUCUGACUCCAAACACAAGUUAGCCUCUCAUAUACAACAUGUACAAUAUAUCUCAUAUACAAUAUAUACAAUAUAUAUCUCAUAGCAACUUUUCUUCAAAAUCUGAUGCAUGUUUUUGAGUUUUUUUUAAACGUGAUCUACAGUGGAUCCUUGGUUAGCAUCAUUAAUUUAUUCCUGAAGGUCUGACUAACCAAAAGAGACUUCCCAUAAAAAACAAUGUAAAUUCCAUUAAUUAUGGAACAAAAUGUUAACAAAAAAACACAUUUUUAUAGUUUAACAAGCAGAAAACAAUUGAAAUAGAUAUAAAUUAAAGGGAUAAAUGAACAAAUAAGGUCAUUUUUUUACGAUUCCUGAUGUUCCCAAAGACACAAUGUGUUAGCAAGAUGAACACCUUCCUUUUCAACACCACUUCCCGGUUUUGCCACAAAUAAUUUUUUUUAAUUCAAUAUUGUUUCUCACUGCAGUAAACCAAAAUGGAGCCAAAGAAAGUUGCCAGAAUUUUGAUAAAGAACACGAUUGAAUUUGGGAAAUAACUCGCGACAAAACUGGAUGGUGGUUUUGAAGAGGAAGGCGUUGAUCUCCAGUGAUGGGAAUAACGGCGUUUAAAAUAACGUUACUUUUUUUAGUAAGGGGUAAUAUAUCACCAACUUCAUAACUAAUCUGCAGCGCUGUGAGUGUGUUGCAGAGUGACAAGGGAUGGGGUGAGAUAACCACAUAAGCAAUGAGGAUUGGCUAAGGUUUAGUAAAAUUGCGUCUUCAGCCAAUCAGAGAACUUUGGUGGGCGGGUGUUUAGAGCACAUAGCACAUAGCAACGAGGAGUACAGUAAAUGUUUCAUUCAUCAUCUGUAUGCAUUUACAACUGUUUUAUGCAUGUAAAACAACAAAAACGUCUCUUUUGUUAACAUUUUUGAGAGUCAGUUGCUGAUGACUGACUUGUUAGCAAGCUAAGGAUGCUAACAAGGACGUUUUACUGAUUUACUGACAACAAAAUACACAACAUAGUGUACGCUAACUGGAAAAUGUAUGCAAAUGUAGGCAAAAUUGUGCCGUACAUUUUCGACUCACUGAAAAACAUGCUAACCGGGGCAGGCGCUAACCGAGGUUCCACUGUAUAGUGUUAUAAUGUAAUUUGUUUUUUGUGGAUUGGUGUAUUAUUAUUGGGAAUAUAUACGGGCUUGAUAUUAUUGAUGCUGUGUUUUUGCGUUAUUUUUGUGUUAUUCCUAAACUGCACAAUAUAUAUAUCCCAUCUGCUAAUUUUAUGAAAGUAUUUUUAAUUAAAGUCAAACAUAUUUAUUAUGAUGUGCUGCAUGUAAAGAUGUUUUAAUGUGAUUUUUUUUACGUGUUUUUGAUUCUGUGAACUAAGGAUCAGUCUACCUCCACAAACGGUAGUAUUUUCUGAAAUGGGAGUUCUUUUUUUGCCUGCCUUCUACUUAUUCUGACGGUGGACUUUGACAUGUGGCUUACACAUUAACCCCCGUGGGAUAUGUGUGCGCCUUUGACAUAGUUUCAUGCUAACAACACUGCCUAUAUAUAGUAGUUCUCACCCUGCAGCUAUUUCUGCCACAGAUACUCUUGCCUUAUGAUGAGAAGAAUCUCAUACUGAAUGUGGCUUUGCUUUCUUUCUCUUUUGACCAUGUGAUAAGCCGAUUUAUUUAUUUUUUUGGGGUGGUGUGGUGGACUUUUAGUAAACUGACAAUUGACAACAUGUCAUUUAAUGUCAUUCAUUUUGAAUGUACAUAAUUAAAGAAAAAUGUUUCUUGCUGAAUCAGAAAUAAUUUUGCACAUAGUUUGUUUUCAUUAAAUACACCCAUUCAGGGUAUAAAGGCGAGGUUAUCAUUUGUAAAAGUAAAUUACUAAAGAAAAGGGAAAAUGAAAAGGAUGAAAUUUAGGUCAGUCUGAAGGCCAUGCAAUAAAUGAAGCAAUAAAAAACUGCAGCCUGUGUCGGUCUGAAAUGUAUGAAGAAGAAUGCUCUUUUCAAUAUAGUAUUGAAAGAUUGACCCUUUUGGGACUUUUCAAACUUUUUGACACCCUGCUCAUGAUGGGGGCGAUAAUGGCGAUGUGAUGAAACAAUUAUGCAGGUUCUUCGGAGACUGUUCAGAUCAAUAAAUCAUCUGUGUGAGGCCAGAAAGUAAAAGUGUGUGUGACCAGAUACUGAGAUAAACAAUUACAGAAAUUCCUAUUUUGAGUUCAAACACAAGUCACCACCUGUUUGUUACAUUUCUCACUGCGAC